GUGAAAUAUUUGGCACAAAAUAUAUUUUAUAUUUCACAGUCAACUUCCUUUCUAAGGAAUAAAUUAAAUUUAAAUUUGCCACACAUAAGCACUUUAAAUCGGUGGGCUCCAAUAAAAUUCCUUCAACCUGGUAUCAAAAAUGUCGCCUUCGAUUCCAUCAAGAGUAUGUGUUUAGAAUUAAAAGAAAAAAAUGAAAAUCACUUGGUACUUUUGAUGGACGAAAUGGCAAUUCGAAAGGAAUUAAGAUAUAAUUCAAAACUGGAUUUGAUUGACGGAUUUGAAUGUACAGGCUUCGAGAGAACAAAUAAAAUUGGUAAGCAGGUAUGCGUUUUUAUGCUGAAAUCAAUGUUCUCUAAUUGGAGCUCAAUUUUAAAUUAUUUUGUUUCUGAGAACGGAUUAACCUCAAAUGUUUUAUGUGGAAUUAUUAAAGAAAUUCUGAGAAUGAUAAGUAGCUUUGGCAUAAAUAUAAAUGUACUUGUUUGCGAUCAGGGAUCGUCUAAUCGAAAAUGCUUUUCUAAUUUUGGGGUUAGUACAGAAAAGCCUUAUUUUAAUUUUGAAGGGAAAAAAAUUUACUGUAUGUUUGAUUUCCUACAUUUGAUUAAGUCGUUACGGAAUGGAUUGCUGAAGUGUGACCUAAAAACGCCCGAUGGCAUUGUAAGUUUUAAAGUCAUACAAGAGUUUUGGGAACGAGAGGAAAACUGCAAUACCAAGAUGUGCCCAAAAUUGACUAGACAACACAUAUUUCCAAACUCAUUUCAAAAAAUGCGAGUUAAAUUUGCAACGCAAGUGUUUAGCAAAACAGUAGAAGCUGCUAUUAAAACUAUUUGCGAUGCAUCGGGUUUCAAGCAAAGUCCACAAGCGGUAGCUUUAUCAACGGCUGAAUUUAUUUCAAAAAUUGACAAAAUUUUUGACUGCAUGAAUAGUGGAUCAUUAUACUCAGAUAAUUGUUAUCGGUCUGCUAUUCAACUCAACAAAGAACCACAUAAAUUUAUUCAAUUAUUCUUAUGCUACUUAGAGGGAGUUGAAUUUGUCGACGAAAAAAAAAGAGUAUAUUUUUUAGAUGGAAUGAAAUUAUCAUUAAAAUCUGCUCUUCUAAUCGUCGAAGAAGUAUUAAAUGAUAAUUCAGACACAUUUUUCAUUAUGACAAAAUCUUUAAACCAAGACAAAUUAGAAAAUAUAUUUGCUGUAUUAAGACAAAAAGGCGGUAAUAAUACCAACCCCUCUGUAGCUGAGCUGAAUAAUAUUUUAGCCAGGUUAUUGGCUUUCAAAAUUAUAAAAAAUAGUUCAUUAAGCAACUGUGAAGAGACGCAGGAUUCAAUGGAUCAGGUAAUUACCAGCGUUUCUAACAAUGAACCGGAGUUGCUUGUAAAUGAGGAAGAAGAUAACAGCCUGCUAUAUGAUUUCGAUCUUAACGACCAAUGGCAUGAGAAUUACUUUUUGGAAGACUCAUUUUGUAACCAGUCAGAUAUUAGUUUAGAGCUGGUAUCAAUUAGAUAUUUUGUUGGAUAUGUGGCAUACAAAAUCAUUCCAAGGUUAAAAUGUGAAAAAUGUUGCGAGGAAUUAAGGAAAAAAGAUGAAGUUUUAACUGCUCCUAGUGAACUGUUCAUUUUUCACAAAAACUAUCAAUCACUUACAGAUUUCGGUAAUCUCGUUGCUCCAUCGGAACCCCUUAUGAGUGCUAGUGUAAAACAUGUCAUAAUUUUUUAACAAAUUUUUAAAUUAGAGCCUGAGAAAUUAGGCAUAAAGGCUUUCAUGUUA